UCUACUCUCUUGUCUCUACUCUCUGCUCUCUAGUCUCUACUCUCUACACCGUUCCAACUUCCCUUCUCACCAAAUUUAAUUUUGGAAAAUUUCGAUAUCAAUUUGAAUCCUUCUCCAAAUUAAAAAAUCUAUCAAAUUUCAACCCCAUCAUAUCAGUCGUAACUCGAUAGUCAACCUCUUUCAGUUCUUCAUUCUUAAUUUCCACCUUCAUUCAUCUUGUCCAUUGAAGAUGAUUUUCCCUAUUAAUGGUCUUGUUUUAUUUCGGUCCUAAACAGUUUUCAUUCUUUUGUAAGAAUUAAGGUCAAUACUUAAAGACUGUUGUACCCAUGGCGUCAUCAGUAGUGAGUUCGGGUGCCUUGGUCAAUUUGGAAGAGCUCAAACCAUCUUCUCCACAUUUCCAGAAUGGGGCAUCGCUUCGUGUUACUGGAAAGCUACUGGAUUAUAAUGUGGAGACUGCUGUGGUAGUUAUUGUCGAAGGAAGUGCAACACUGAACAUUGACACGCAGUAUGUGAAGCUAAACUAUCGAGUGGGUUCCAUUUAUCAGUUUAUAGGCGAACUUUCCUUUGAAUUGGAGAAUCAGCCAAUACUGAAGGCUCGAGUUGGUAGGAAUGUUGAUGGCAUGGACCUCAAUCUCUACCGCCAGUCCGUGCGGCUCUUGAAAGAAUUUCAGGCUGAGCAAGCUCAUAGCUGAAGAAGUUUGAUGUUCCUGACUUAUUUUUGAAGUAGUCUUUGCCUCUGGCAGGCAGCCACCCCUUUCUUUUCCUCGGGACUCGGGAGGGCUUGCAUUUGUUUUUUUUUUUUGACAUCAAGGAAAUUUGCAUUAAUGAAAAUCGGGAGUACAACCUAAUGACAAUACAACCAAACUAAACAGAAAGAAGAAACAACAGACAGUAUGAAAAACUAGCAUAACGCGUAAAAACAAAGUAACAUAAACAUUAACUAGAAAAAGUCCAGGCCGAAUAACUUUUGUCUUGUGCGAUGGGGAGUGAAGAUGGAU